AUGUUCGUUAGGUUAUUGAAAUCCAAUAGAAAAUUUAAUAUUCGAACAAAAACAACCAUGUCCAAUUUCGAUCCUGCUACAUUGCACAAUCCAUACUUCAAUCAAAAACUGGGUCAGAAGGAUAUCUGGACAUUAAUUAACGAAACCGCCGCUGAAGCUCAAAAAGAAUCUGGUAAGUCUAUUGUUAAUUUAGGACAGGGAUUUUUCUCUUAUAAUCCACCAGAUUUUGCUAUUGAAGCAGUCAACAAGGCAACUAGUCAACCCCAAUUUAAUCAAUAUGCAUCAGCAAGAGGUAAUCCAAACUUGUUGAAUGAAUUGUCUAGCCUUUAUACUAAAGAGUUCAAUCGUAAGGUAGGUACAGACGAAAUCCAAAUAACUACAGGCGCAAACGAAGGUAUGUUUUCUAUAUUUUUUGGAUAUUUAACUCCCGGCGACGAAGUCAUUGUCUUCCAGCCAUUUUUUGACCAAUACAUUCCAAACAUUGAAAUGUGUGGCGGUAAGGUUAAAUACGUCCAAUUAAAAUUUCCAGAAAAGUUCAAUGGUGAAUCUGUAAGUGGCGAUGAUUGGGAAGUUGACUGGGAAGGAUUAACGAAUGCUAUUACAGACAAAACUAAGUUGAUCGUUAUCAACACCCCACACAACCCAAUUGGAAAAGUAUUUACCGAAGAAGAGUUAUACAAAAUUGGUAAAAUAGCUAUUGGUAAUAAUUUGAUCCUUGUUAGUGAUGAAGUAUAUGAAAACUUGUACUAUAGCAAAUCCUUCACAAGACCUGCUACCUUGUCAAGCUUACCGGAAUUAGCAGAGAGAACAUUAACCAUUGGGUCUGCUGGUAAAUCAUUUGCUGCCACUGGUUGGAGAGUCGGAUGGGUUCAUGGUCCUGCUAGCUUGAUUAAAUAUGUGACAGCAGCCCAUACUAGAAUUUGUUUUUCGACGCCUGCUCCAUUACAACAAGCGGUUGCUGAUGGUCUUAAGCAAGCUGCAAGCAACAAAUAUUUUGAAAUUACGAGACAGGAAUAUGUAAAGAAAUAUGAACUCUUUACAAAGGUAUUUGAUGAAUUAAAUUUACCGUAUACAUCUGCUCAAGGUGGUUACUUCUUGUUAGUCAAUUUGCUGAAAGUCAAAAUCCCUAAUGACUUUGAAUACCCAGCUGAUAUUUCAGACAAGGGUACUAAUGAUUUCAAGUUAGCAUACUGGUUGAUAAAAGAAAUCGGAGUCGUUGGAAUUCCACCUACUGAAUUUUUAUACCCUGCUGAUAGACAAGGUAAUGGCUUAGAAAAUUGUUUGAGAUUCGCUGUGUGUAAAGACAAUAGUAUCUUAGAAGAAGCUGUCGAAAAGUUGAGACUUUUAAAAGAAUAUUUGUAA